GUCGUUCGGAAAUGAGGAAGUCAUGGGUUGUUUGGGUUGACAGCCAAAGGCAGAGUUUUCUUUCUCUUCGUUUUCAGUCAUGUCGCCAAAUAAAUACAGUUUGUUUUAUUUGCUUUCGGUGAUAAAUGUUUUCGCAUUCGUGGGUAGCGUCGUGGAAAAUCCCACCUCUUCAGAUUCCGCGGAGAAACAGAAGCCAGUCCCGUUUUUGAGUCCGGUUGCUGAUGGGGUCAACUCUCCUGUAUUCAAGCCUGUUGCGGAAUCUUUAUUACCCUUAAAUCUUCUGUCUUCCUUUCCAGAGGACCUUGAGAUAAACGAGUACUGCAGCGAGCUUCUCCACGUAUUUAGUCGGCGAUAUGUUACUUAUGUGAACUGUCUGGUACCUGCUGCCCGCCCUGUCAAAGUGUGUCAGAAUUGCCAUUCGAGUUAUGGCAGCCUCGUUGACAUAUACAAGAACAUCUCAUCCGACCAGAUGGGUCCUGGCAAUGUGAGCUGCAGCUACAGCCUUCUGCACAGUGAUCGGCUGAUGCUGGUUUACCUGCUGUACAGCAACCUGGAAAAUAUCUGGUUAAAAUCAGACUGUGACCACUGUGUAACUAAUGAGUACCAGAGCUUGACCAAUGGGACGCUGCACUUUCUGGCCAUUCUCAAUCAAACUCUCUCUUGCUUUGAGAAGUAUAAACAGGGAAACCAUACAGAGCUGUGCAAAAACUGCAAGAGCACAUAUCGGGGCCUGAAUGAUCUGUACAGCCAAAUGGAGAAGGAUAACAUUCUUUGUAUUGACUUAGAAGAUUCAAUGAAUCUGACCCGCAGUCUCUGGAGUAGGACCUUCAAUUGUUCCUUGGCUCGUGAGGAGACGGUUCCUGUCAUCGCUGUGUCCAGCUUCAUGCUUUUUCUGCCCAUCAUCUUCUACUUGAGCAGCUUCCUUCACUCUGAACAAAAGAAACGCAAGCUCAUACACCCCAAGCGAGCGAAGUCAUACGCCACUCUGAUGAACAUUCAAGACAAACAGAGCUGAAGAGGACAAAGAUCACAGAAAUGAGGAACAGAGCAAGUUUGCCGUCUUGUUCCUGAGGUUUCACUGACAUCCAUGAAUGUAGAGGACUCGACAGCAGCCUGCCCUGAUUUUUUUUCUUUCUUUUUUUACAAACCAGUAUUCAGAGGGCUACAACGAUCAAAAUAUUUUCAACUGAUGGCAAAAUAUAUAAUUUAUAAUGCGCUGUAACAACCGUUAGUCAAACUAAAUAUUUGCUUUCACGUCCUUCAACUGUUGGUUCGAAUAUGAGCUUGCUAAUCUGUUUUUGGGACACAUAAAAAAAUUAUGCAAAAAUAGGUUUUUCUUUAGGUUUUAGGAAAAUGUAACAAAGUUUAUGCUUCAUAAAUCUCUAUAAUGCUAGAUUUGCAGGAACUUUAGAAACUUCUAAUCAGAUGGUUGUUAAUGUUUCUGCACAGUAUCCUCUAAAUCCUCUCCUGGCUUUUCCUUUCUUUUUAACUGGUUAAGAGGCUUCAGGUUGUUCAGCAUCCUGCUGUCACUGGACAAAGUGAGUGGUUUGAAUGCAGUGUGUGUGUGUGUGUGCGUGCACAUUUUUGCCUGUAUGUACUCUAUUUAUGGGUAGAGAAAUGGAUUUUCUGUCUCUAAUGUAUGUCCAGAAGAGAGCUCCAAAAAGGAAGCACUUGAUGUCCAUUAGUGGUGACAUGUAUCUGCUGUAAGAAGGGGCGGCGGGGGAGUGCACAUUGGUGGGUUGGGAAGUAAAUAAAGACAUAACUCACAAUGUAAGAGCACUCCAAAGUAUCACACAGUGAUGUUACCUGUUUUCUUGUCAGUGUGUUUUUGUGGUUGCAUAAAGCUUUUAAUGUGCUUUGUUGUCAUUUUCCACUGAUGUUUAAUUUGUUAAAGGUCUGAUUAAAAUUUUCUUUAUGUCAUGAGUGCUGAGUUGAUGAAUAUGCUGUUAAGCAAGAUAAACCUUAAUUUUGAAUUCAUGAACCCAAAUAAAUAUUUCUCUUUUGUCUUGA